UGGUCUCACUUCCUCAAACAUUUUGAAGUGUUAAAUGUUUUGGUGUUAGCAGACUUUGUCCAAAAGCAGAGUUAAUUUUACUCUAAGUAGAGUCAAAUACUAUUUAUGUAACUCUGGGGUGUAACAUAUUGGUGGUUAAGACUGAGUGUUAAAACUGAUUGUUAAUAGAUCAAAUCUGAAGGUGUUAAAAUAGAAAUAUUAACUCUUGACUUCUUAACUCUGAACUCCUACAGGGGCUAUGACACUGAAAGAGUUAAUUCACUGACUCCGCCCCCAGAACCACAGGUUCGGACUGAAAUGAAGCAACAGAAGCGAAGGUCUUCAGAACAUUUUGCUUUCUACAUGCCGGAUUUGUUUACAACGUUUGAAGGUGUAUACUGUUCUGAGGUCAAACCCAAAGGGUGAAGAAAUCUUCAGUGAAUACAACAAAACUAAAACCCUGUCAGAUGCAACUCGUCGACAAAUGGUCAACAUACUGGUGUCAGAUGUGAUAGAAUCACAUGGGAGGAUCCCACCCAUAAGUGUUCGGACUAACUGUGCACUGGGGAUUGCAACACUUUUUCCGUAUCUCCAAGAUACAUACUCAAAAAAUGGUUAU